UCGUUGUCGAAAAACCAACCACGGUAUCAAAAAUUUACACAGUUAGAACCGGGAACCUUCGUGCGAUUGAGGAAAGAAAUAGGCGUUAUUUUCAAAGUAAAAUAUUGUUUACCCUAAAAUUUCAUUGUUUCGUUACUUAAACUUGGACUGCAAUUUUUUUCAUGUAUAUCUAAUAACUUUCCGGCAACUCCGUAAAACAUGGGAGAAAAAGUUAUAGUUUCAGUAUGCGAGGGUAAAAUUCAAGGAUUUAAAAAUGUAUCUACGUUUUCUGGAGUGGAAUUUUAUUCUUUUCUCGGAGUACCUUAUGGACAAUCAACUGGAGGCCUAGCACGAUUCAAGGAUCCAACACCAGUAAAACCUUGGAAAAAUGUUUUGAUGACGACGAAUGAAAAAGGGGGUUGUUUGCAAUUUUCAAUGAAGAAAGGACGCAUGGAUGGUUCAGAGGAUUGUUUAUACAACAAUAUUCACACGCCAAAAUUACCUCAAAAAGAUGACUACCCUUUAAGACCAGUAGUAGUGUGUUUCCAUCCUGGAGGUUUUCAUACAGGUUCAGCAGAUCCUAAUUAUUUUGGAUCUCCGGACUAUGUCAUGCACAACGAUAUAGUAUGCGUUUUUGUGUCCUUCAGAUUACACAUUUUAGGCUUCUUAAAUUUGGAUUUACCAGAGUGCUCGGGUAAUCAAGCAUUAAAAGACAUACUUCUAAGCUUACAAUGGAUUCAACGAAAUAUAAGAAACUUUGGUGGCGAUCCUGAUAAUGUAACAGUACUAGGUAGCAGCACAGGAGCCGCAGUAGUUAACCAUUUGAUGUUUAUACAAAAAGCAAAAGGGCUAUUUCAUAAAGCGAUUAUCAUGGGCAUGUACAAAUACUGCCCGUCGUUGGUAGUUCAACCAGAAAACGCUACACUGGCAUUUAAAAUAGCGCAAAAAGUAGGUUACAAAGGACCAUUUGAUAAGAAAAAAUUAUUAUUUUUCUACAGAAAGGUAGACAUACAAAAGGUUCUUUUUACCAGGCCGGAUCGUUCCUUCGAGGAUGAAACGGUUCACUUUUUCCCAGUUUUCCCAUUCGUUCCAACUAUAGAUUCCGGUGAAAAUGCUAUUAUACCAACACCAAGUAAGGAAGAAUACUUGAAAUCAUUAGCACGUAUACCACUCAUGGUUGGAUUUUGCCAAAGAGAAGCAAUGAUGGGAUUUCUCGGACCGUACAAAAAAACAUCACAGAAGAAUUUUUUCAAAUCCGUUCGUCAGAAUUGCUGGGGUUGGGGAAGCAAUCUGAAUAAUGAUCAACUCAAAUAUAUUCAAGAUAAAAUACAAUCUUUCUACUUGAAAGGUGAUCCGAUUGACUUCGCCCCAUUAUCAGUCAAAUGUGAUAUUCAAACUGAUAUUGGUUUCUCAGACUUAUACCCAUCACUUAUCGACGCAGUUGCAGCAGAUUCGCCUUCGUCGGUUUACGUUUAUAAAUUCGAAUUCCAGGGAAACGUUCCCAAAUUGAAAGAUCUUUAUCAAUUUGUAUUCGAAGAACCACUAGAUGGAACUUAUCAUGGAGACGAUUAUACAUACUGGGCAAAGUUCUCACUUCUCUUUAAUGAAUCAGACAUUCCCCUAACUCCUGACACUGAAGAAGUGGUGAAAACAUUCACAAAACUAAUCAGCACAUUCGCUAAAACUGGGGAUCCGAAUUACGAAGGGAUAACUACUCAAUGGAAACCAACCACCGCGGAAAAUCCAUGUUACCUCAGCAUAAAGAAUAAGUUGUCUUUGGUAGAUGGUAAAUUAAAUGGAAAUGGAGCCAAGUUUUGGGACGAACUUAGACAAGAAUUGGAAGAAAAUAACGAAACACCUCUUUAAGAAGGCAAUCUGCAAUACUUACUAUAGCUUAAUGAAACAUAAACCGAGUCCUGAGUCUAUGCCGGAUUCAUUUGCUCAACUUUCACACAGCAUGGACAAGGAUAUUGAGUAAAUCGAACGAAUUUUCCGCCUAUCAUCGUUUUUAUUUGGUAUCAUCCGGAGAACUUGAUGAAAGAUGAAAAAUUUGAGCCGCAAGAAAGCUACUUUAUUAAUCACGUUGUGCGAUUAAUGCAUUAUGUUAUACUUAAUUUUUUUUUUUUUUUUUAAUCAAACAUUUAUGAUUUAUUUGUCCGCGAUUCCUCAAAAUAUCAAGUAACAUUGUAGGCAUUUAUUCCUCAAGUAAAAAUCAAGUGACUUUUUAGCCUGA